GGAUGUGCGCUGACGUCACCGCCGUGUUGAUUUGCUAAGCGGCGGGCAGAGAGGAGUUAGUGAGCGCGAGAGAGAGCGGGUACUGUGAACUGCGUUACUAUGCUACAGUCCUAAUAACCGCACGCUCGGAAGCCAAACGUGCAAGACAGAUUGACCUUAUCUUGUUUACAAAGAUAAAUGAACAGACUGCUACGUGGAAAGAGAGACUCAUGAGUUGGCCGUGUGGAUUUCAGAGACGUUAUGGAUUUGACUAAAAUGGGUAUGAUCCAGCUCCAAAACCCCAAUCACCCCAAUGCCCUGCUGCACAAGGCUAAUCAGAUGCGCCUGGCCGGCACACUGUGCGACGUGGUCAUCAUGGUGGACAGCCAGGAGUUCCACGCUCACCGGACCGUGCUGGCCUGCGCCAGUAAGAUGUUCGAGAUCCUCUUUCACCGGAACAGCCAACAUUACCCUCUCGACUUUCUCUCACCAAAGACCUUCCAGCAGAUUCUGGAGUAUGCCUACACUGCCACGCUCCAAGCUAAAGUGGAGGAUCUGGAUGACCUGCUGUACGCAGCAGAGAUCUUAGAAAUAGAGUACUUGGAGGAGCAAUGCCUGAAGAUACUGGAGACCAUCCAGUCCUCUGAUGAAAACGACACUGAGGUCAACAUGAAUGACGGAGGCGCAGAAGACGACGAGGAGCGCAAGGGACGGCAUGGGAGAAACCCAAAAAAGCAUUCCGUGGAGGUGGGCAGCUACGUGUUAGCUGCCCAGCAAGCACUGAUGCUGCCAGGAAUGGUGGAUCAGAGUCCUUCUGUCUCCACCUCCUUUGGCCUCUCCACCAUGAGCCCAACCAAAGCAGCCGUGGACAGCCUGAUGAGCAUUGGCCAGUCCCUCCUGCAGAGCACCAUGCACCCUGGUGCGGUUGCUGAUCAGCCUCUGUAUGGCAACUCCCACCCCAUGAUGGGAGAGAUGAAAACGGAGGUGAUGCAAGUAGAUGAGAGCGGAGAGCAUGAGAGCCCUAAAGCCAUGGAAUCCAGCGCCUCCAGCAACGGCGAACGCAGUGGAGAAACUGACAAGAACCGUGAUGGGCCCGGCACCCCUACCAGGAGCAGCGUGAUCACUAGUGCCCGUGAACUGCACUACGUCAGGGAGGAAGGUGUGGGUGACCAGCAGCCCGAGGUCAGCCAGAUGGGGCUGGAGGCCAUGGCGGGGAUGACCGAAAAACACUUGGCGUCGCUCUAUGGCAUUCCCCCCAAUCACAAGAACGAAGCGAUGCUCUCUAUGCCUGCCUCCAUGGCCUCAUCCUUGCACAUGUCCCCAGCCUUGGCCAUGUCCAUGGACUUCAGUGCCUACGGGGGCUUGCUGCCUCAGAGUUUCAUCCAGAGGGAGUUCUUCAACAAGCUCGGCGAGUUAGCUGCUGGAAUGAAGCCCGAAGGCCGCAGCCCGAACGAGCGCUGCAACGUGUGCGGCGCCGAACUACCUGACAAUGAGGCCGUAGAGCAACACAGGAAGCUGCACAGCGGAAUGAAGACCUACGGAUGCGAGCUUUGUGGAAAACGCUUCCUAGACAGUCUGCGCCUAAGGAUGCACUUGCUGUCUCACUCAGCUGGUGAGAAAGCCAUCGUUUGUGACCAGUGUGGAGCUCAGUUCCAGAAGGAAGAUGCUCUGGAGGCCCACCGGCAGAUCCACACAGGUUCAGAUAUGGCCAUCUUCUGUUUGCUGUGCGGGAAGCGCUUCCAGACGCAGACGGCUCUGCAGCAGCACAUGGAGGUCCACGCAGGCGUGCGCAGCUACAUCUGCAGCGAGUGCAACCGCACAUUUCCCAGCCACACCGCACUCAAGCGCCAUCUCCGUUCACAUACAGCAGGUGACCAUCCAUUUGAGUGCGAGUUCUGCGGCAGCUGCUUCCGAGACGAGAGCACGCUGAAGGGACACAAGCGCAUCCACACCGGAGAGAAACCCUAUGAAUGUAACGGCUGUGGCAAGAAGUUCAGCCUCAAACACCAGCUAGAGACCCACUACCGUGUCCAUACAGGUGAGAAGCCGUUUGAGUGCAAGCUCUGCCACCAGCGCUCCAGGGACUACUCGGCCAUGAUAAAACACCUGCGUACCCACAACGGAGCCUCACCGUACCAGUGCACCAUCUGCCUGGAUUACUGCCCCAGCCUCUCCGCCAUGCAGAAGCACAUGAAGGGCCACAAGCCUGAAGACAUCCCCCCGGACUGGAGGAUAGAGAAGACAUACCUGUACCUCUGCUACGUCUGAAGGAGGGAGACGGUGGGGAUGGAGGGGAGCGGGAGGGCGAGGGGUUAAAGCGCCUGGAAACACAGUCAGGAAAUGGACAGAUUUGUCGGAGGGGCUGGGCAAGGCAGAAUGGGAAUGGACAGGAACUAAAAAGGCAGAAAUCUUACCCCAUCAGUAUCGCAAAACGAAAAAAAAAGCAUCAUGUUAUAGCCAUGUAUCUGUUCGCAGCACGGAUCAUAUGGGAAGUCCUCUCUCUACAUGUCAGCUUACAUCCCAAACGUUAAAUAUGUCUUAUCAGUCAAACAACACACUUCAGCAAUGAUCCCUUCUCUUCAUAAGGAUGCCCUCUUCUGGUACAAAAAUAGUAGUGUGAACUAGUGUUUAUCUCUGACUGAUCAGUUCGAUCGCAGCAGAGAUGUCGGUGCAAGAAGCACUUAGAUCCAUCAGCGGUAACGUGCCAGUCAGGUACUCCACAGCAAAUAUGAACCGUCAUGUUCAUCAGGGUCACUACUGCAAACUGGGAUGUAAGCUUCCUGCAAAACAUGUUCACGAUGCCCGGCUGACAGUCAGUGUGUAGAUCCCUCCCAUAUGAUUCACAUUCAUUAAGGGCUUAUUGGUUUAACCAGCAUACAGAUCAGCUAAGCUCUCAGUACUCUGCUCAUCAACGUCAUUUCACGUUUUUUCUCUCUCAUCAUAGCUUCAUAGCACGCAUUACAAGCUGACUUCACGACGACAGUUUUUGUUUGAUGUUGAUUACUCAAGCGCCACAUUUCGAGUUUAUUUUAAGCUGUAUUAUGUGCACACUGUACAUGUUCACAUUAUCUCCUCCUUCACUUAUCAAUUCUGAAAAUCGCUUAACUGUUUGAAAUGCAUACAGAACAUCCAUUACACACUAGACAUCUAAUCAACUGUUUAUGCUGUUCUAGAGACCAAAAUGAUGACUAAAGCUGCUUUUGUCAGUGGCUUGCAGGCUGAGCGGCACUGUGACGUUCAGGGCUUGUCCGCACAUAUCCGUGUGUUCGUAGGUGGCCACGAGGCUUGGCCUGUCCAGCUGGGAACGCUGGGAUGAAUGAACAGAGCAGAUCAAAUCUUUUGGUUUGGUUCCUUUUGCUUUGUCUGUGUUUCCUAUUAUACCUUGAUUUACUUCAGCACAUCGUACUUGAAUUACCUCGUUUUUUUGUGACCUCGUGUGCUAGUGUUUUAAUUUUUCCUUUGUUUCUUUGUAUAUUUUGAUUGUUUGCUUUGCGUUUGUCUUUCAAGCAGGGGAGAUCUGAAGCGGCGCGUGCUUUUAAGUACUUAAGAAUUAAGUGCCACGGUGAAGAGAGAUUAUUUGUCUUUCGUUCAACGUUUGUUUAGUUUUAUUCUUUGCAUUAAUCUUACCAAACUUGGUAUUAUGUUUUUGUUUUGUUUGUUUUGUUUUACUAACCCUGCUUGUUGAAGAGCUUGUGGGUUUGGUCGUUUUUGUAAGCUACCUCUAAGUUUUGUUUCUUUGUGUUGUGUUUCGUUUGCGAAAGCACAUUGUUGUUGUUUUGCGUUUUGCAUUAUUUCAACUUCAUCUCACGCUUUCAAGUAUUGUAUGUCGGAAGCGACGAAUAUGAAAGGGUAAGAUUUGCUUAUAGGAAAAGUGGGUUAAAAAAAAAAAAUCAUAACUUAGGGAUAUCAGUCCCCCCACCCCUGUAAAUUUUACCUUAAGAGCAGAAAAGAGAUUUCUGAAGCCUUAAGUUCGGGGUCGGAGUUGAUCUGGGAGGUGCGUAUGGAACAAGUGAAGUAUAGUAUUUUAAAGUCUGAAAAAAAAAAAAACAA